CCAUUUGUAUUUUCAAGAGAAAUUUCUCUUGUCCGUUUUAGAGGUUACGUGUAGCUGCUGCCUUCCGACAUUCUCCCGUAUUGGGGCUUGCUUAGCGCUCGCCCCGAUAUGACACCAUGGCUUUAGCUCGAGCCUUUUUAGGGCGUCGGCUCAGCCCUGAGAUUAGAGUCGCGAGGGUAGCACAGUCCCUUCAGAACUAGCGUCUCAUUCCCGAGGCUUAGUUCAGUUUAGUUCCUUCGAACAGGAACAGAAACGGGGAGGAUGGCUAAGAACCGGAGUGCUGGCGCGGGAGGGUCGGUCCCCAGCAGCUCUGCCGGCCUGUCUAGGAGCGGCAAGCCUGUGGGAGUGUCCGGUCGGCUGGCGAACGUGUUCGAGCAGCUGUGGAACCGGCGCAAGUUCGACAUCCUGGGACGGAAGGUCAAGGGCGAUGUUCGCGCCAAGUCCAUCGGCAAGGCCCGGAGCGCUGCGGUGGAGAAGAGGAAGGCGACGCUGCUGCAGGAGUUUCAGCAGCGCGGGAAUGCGAACCUGUUUCUGGAUCGGAGGUUCGGCGAGGGAGACGAGUCCAUCCCCGAGGGCGAGAAGGCCAUCGUGCGAUUCCAGAAAGAGCGCAUGGCCCAGCUGAGUCGCAAGAACCGUUUCGCCCUCGGGGAUGACGACGACGGCGAGGACGACGAGGAGGGGAGCGACGGCGGAGCUGGGGGGGGCAGCGGCGGACGAGCUGGGGGAAGUGAGGGCGGCGGCUACCGGCUGACGCACGGCGGGCGGGACAUAGAUGAUUUCGACGACUCGGACGUGUCUGGCUUCGGGGAGGACGACGACGACGACGAUGGAGCGCUGGGCGAUCAGCUUGUGCGCGACUACCACUUCGGCGGUGGCUUCAUUCCCAAGGCCAAGUCGGCGUCGGAUGCAGAGGGCGAUACUGGGGCGGAGGAGGAGGGGGAGGGGGGAGAAGAACGGCAGAAGACGAAGCGCGAGGUGAUGGAGGAGGUGAUGGCGAAGAGCAAGCUGUUCAAGGCGAGGCGGCAGGCGGAGAAGGAGGAGGACGAGCAGCUGAGGGAGAAGCUGGACGAGGACUUCCGCCACAUAGCGCAGUCCGACGCGCUGCUCGCACUCACACGCGCGACCAAGGGCGCAAAGGGCGACAAGGGCGGCAAGGACGCCAAGGGCAAGGAGAAGGCGGGAGGGGGAGCGGAGGGAGGGGGAGGAGUGUCUGGAGCUGGGCCUGCUGCUGCUGCUGCUGCUGCUGCGAAGGUGCCGGCUGCUGGUGGUUCGCUCCUGGCCGCUGAUGUGGCUGAAGAGGAGAUGGACGACAAGCAGUACGACGUGCUGGCGCGGGAGAUGAUUUUUGACAUCCGCGCCAAGCCGGGGGAGCGCAGCAAGACGGCAGAGGAGGCGGCAGAGGCGGAGAGGGCGCGGCUGGUGAAGCUCGAGGCUGCAAGGAAGCGGAGGAUGGACGGGGAGCCCAGUGAUGAUGAGGACUGCGAGUGCUAGUGUAGUGCACAGUUGUUAACUAUCA